AUGGACGAAAAAGUAAUUGAAUCGAAACCGAAAAAGACGCAGAAAUUGAAGAAGAAAGGACAUAAAAAAAAGCAUGGCAAACAUCAUCAUACCCAUGAUGGAUUGAACGAAACUCGAAACGAUGAAAAGAAAAAAUGGCUUGGAAUAUGUGGUACCACUAAGAAACCAGUUAAAAAAGUGACUGAUCUUUUUGGUGAGCACAAGAAAGUUCAUAAGCACCAUAGAAAACAAAGAGCAAAUGAGGAUUAUGCGGCAGAGCCCGUCGAUACGGGUCUCAUCAACGAUGGACAACACAAGAAGCGAAAACAUAGGAAAACUUCAGAUGCUCAAAAAAAGACAAAUAACGGACGAAAUAAACAAGGGAAACGCGAUAAAGCUGAAAAGGAAGUAGCGGUACCAAGCAUAAAUGCUUUAAACAAGGCGAACAAGAAAAGUGAAACAGAAUUGAAUGAAGACAAGCGGCCAGCUGAAGCACCUGUUCCACCAGAAACUGCAGGUGAUAACGUCAAGAAUGAGGCAGGUGCCUUUGAAAAACCACAACUCACAGCCGGUUCAGCUCAAAACCAACAAUUGCCGGUAUCGCCAGCGACGGAUAUUACACCAACAGGAACACUUCUUGCGUCUUCGGUGCCAGCAGACAAGGAAGUUGGACGAGGCGAUGCUCAGUUGGUACCAAAACCUGAUUUGGCAUCCCAGGAAGGCGCUCUUCCACCGACAAAUGAAUGCAAAGAAGGUGGUGAUGCAAAACCAAUGAUGAUGCGGACAGGCGAACCCGAUAAUCAGCCUCAGAAUCGUAACUUUUCUGACGAUGACAAUGUUAAGCGUGGAGUGCAGCCUUCAGAAGAUGUUGUUAACAAGAGUCUGAUUCGUUUGAUUGGUGACUUUGAAAGUAAAGCAUCGAAUAUCACAGCAGCACAAACGGAAGUGGAUGAAAAACGUACGAAUCAAGUGCAAAAGAUCAGAUCGUUCGUGCGCACUCUUUCGGAAGCGGGACAAAAUGGAAUUCGUGAGGCUUUCAUGAGGUGCAAAGACUAUAUACCGACAACAGCCACGAGAACGUCGUUCGACGCAAACCAAGAUCGUGUUCGGUAUCCAGACGUGAUAUGCAUUGAUCAAACCCGCGUGGUUCUAAAAAACUGUCCAGAUGGCUCGGAUUUCAUUCAUGCGAGUCGUGUACCAAUUGGAGACUCACAACACGAAAUGAUAAUAACACAAGUACCACUUGCAAACACUGUAAAACAUUUCUGGCAAAUGGUUUGGCAAGAAAAAGCUGAAGCUAUUCUAUUGAUACUCACCACUGAAGAAUGGAAAACAGAUGUUGAACCACUGAAUUUGGUUCCAUCGAAACUUCCAAAACCGAAUGACAUGAACAAAUUCUGGAAAUUUUCUGUGGAGCUGGUUUAUGAAAGGCAUCAAACAAAGCCGAACGGCUCCACAAAUGCGUUGACCGUAUUUGUUCCCGAAUGGGAGAACUUCAUGCUGCCAUGCAAAGCUAGUUGA